ACACACACACACACACACACACACACACACACAGCGCAAUAGCUUGGCUUCGCGGGGGAGCCAUCAGCCAUGAGCGGGCUCGGGGCUGUGAUUGCGGGCACCGUGGGGAAGCUGAUCGUCGGCAAGCUUGGUGGAUACGCCACAUCGGAGAUCACUCUGCAGUGGAGGUACAGAGAGGAUGUGCUGGACAUGGAGGACAAGAUGAAAGAUCUUGAGGCCGUGCUGGCCGAUGCCGACGAGAGGUCGCGUCGAGGAGGACAAGGUGCAAAAGUGUACGAGCGGUGGCUUACCAAGUUUAAGCGCGUCGCCUACGACGUGGAGGACGUGCUCGAUGAGCUGGAUGCCAACGAGCUCAUCAAGAAGAACCAAGCUAAGGUUAAGUUGUUUUUUUCUGGGAACAAUCAAUUCCUCCAGCGGAUGACAAUGCCCCACAAGAUAAAGAACUUGAGCAAGAAAAUAGAUGGAAUUAAAAAGGAGGGCAGAAGGGAUCUCAGUCUUGUGCAUCUGGAAGCAAGGGCAGAAGGAAGUAGAAAUGAUGAAACUUUUGCAGUCAACACUGGUGAAGGCACGAAAAGUGGAAUUUUGGGGAGAGAUACGGAGAAGGAGAAGAUAAUCAACCUCCUAUUGACAAGUGAAGCUGAAGAGGAUAUCUCGAUCAUUCCAAUUGUCGGGCUUGGUGGCAUAGGAAAGUCGACAUUGGCUGAAUCAGUUCUGGCAGAUAAGAGGGUUACCGUUUUUGACUUCACUGCCUGGGUCCACGUGUCCAAGCAGUUUAGUUUGCACAAAAUUGGGAGUGCCAUCCUGAAAAGCUUGAAUAGCAACAUCAACCUUAACAAUUGUACUAUGCAGUUUCUGUAUGAUAAUCUGAGCAAAGAACUUGCUACUAGAAGAUACUUGAUUGUUCUGGAUGAUCUCUGGGAAGAAGAUGGAGAUAAGCUUGAAAAGUUGAAGCAGAUGUUACAGCACGGCCUCAAGGGUAGCCGGAUUAUAGUAACAACUCGAAAUCUGAGCGUGGUGCAAAAACUGCGCACUGGUUUUCUUGCAAAUGAAAGGAAAUUUUGUCCCGUGGCUGAGCCACAUGAAGUCAACCUGGCUGUUUUAUCACCUGAUGACUGUUGGGAGAUAAUGAAGAAAAGGGCAUUUGGGCCUGAUGAUCUCCAAAGUGCCUUGGAAGGUAUUGGGAGGGAAAUCGCUGUGAAGUGUGGGGGCCUACCGCUUGUGGCAAAUGCUCUUGGGCAAGUAAUGUCUGAGGUAAGGACCCCAAGGGCAUGGGAAGAUAUAAGAGACACCAAGGUUGAUUUGGGAGAAUUGCAUCAGAAAAAAACACUAGAGAGCCUUAUGCUGAGCUAUUACUACAUGAAGAUGGACUUUAAAAUGUGUUUCAUUUAUUUGGCGGCCUUCCCGAAGGGCUUCAUCAUGAACAGCAACCAUCUAGUUCAACAAUGGACUGCCCUUGGAUACAUUUCUUCCGUCCAUGAUGGUCAAAGGUGUAUCAACUACCUUUUGGGAAUGUCCUUUCUUCAAAUCCCCCUAUUUUCUUCGGUUAGUUCAAAUCUAGUGCACACCAAAGUUCCUCCGGAGCUCAUCAUGCAUGAUUUGGUGCAUCAACUUGCAUCAAUAAUUGCUGCCGAGGAAUUAACUGAAUUGGAUGCUACCGAAAAGACCAGUUGGAACAGAGCUCGUUAUUGCCGACAUGCACAGUUAACCAACUACAUGAAUAAUUCUGAGGUUUUCAAAAAUCUUCCAAGCAAGAUUAGAUCCCUCCAUUUUAGGGAUUUAGGAGAGCAACAACUCCCCGGAAAGGCAUUUUCUCGAUCCAAGUACAUACGUGUCUUGGACCUAAGUGGGAGUUCGGAUAAAGGGCAACUUGCUCCAAGCAACAUUGUUCUGCCAUCUUCUAUCAAUCAACUUAAGCUACUUAGGUAUCUUGACUCCACCGGCUUGCCAAUUACAACACUUCCAAAGUCUUUUCAUACACUAGAAAAUAUGGAAACUCUUAUUCUCUCCAAAUGCUCGCUUGAAACCUUGCCUGACAAUACUUGUUGUCUGGGUAAACUUCUCUAUUUUGACCUAUCUCAUAACGGUAGCCUUAAUAAGCUACCAGAAUCACUAGGGAAGCUCUCUAAACUCUCUUUCCUCAGUCUAUCUGGGUGUUCUGUACUCCAAGAGUUGCCUGAAUCAAUCUGUCUGCUUACAUGCUUAUAUCAUCUAGAUAUUUCAGAUUGUUGUGCUCUUCAACAGCUCCCUGAUGAAUUCGGCAACCUUCCCAAGCUCUUGUUCUUAAGCAUGUCAGGUUGUUCCAAGCUCACCAAACUGCCUGACAAUAUUAGCUUUCCGUGUUUAGAGCAUCUGAACCUAUUAAGUUGCCACAAACUAGAAAACCUGCCAAUUGAUUUCGGCCACCUUCAGAAACUUGAGUUCUUGAACCUUUCUGGUUGCUACAAGGUUUCAAUGCUUCCAGGGUCAUUUUGCCAACUAGAUCAUUUGAGAUACCUGGAUCUUUCAGACUGUCAUAACCUUGAAGAACUCCCUGAAUGUUUUGGUCACCUCUUCGAGCUUGAAUAUUUGAACCUAACAGGCUGUCCUAAGCUCCAAAUGUUGCCUGAGUCAUUAUGCAAGUGUUUUAAGCUGAGGCGUCUCUAUUUGUCAUACUGUCUGAGGCUCGGUGAACUCCCCUCCUCAUUUGGUGACCUUAAGCUUCAAAUACUGCACUUGAAUGGCCUUCAUGCUAUGAAUGACUGCCCUGAUAGCAUUGGUGACAUGACUAGUCUCACCCAGUUUGUGGUUGAUUAUUCGACUCCUAGUUUCUUUGAAAAGGUUGAAGCCAUUAAAAUGCGUCUAAAUCUUGUGGGCAGGGUAAGACAUUAUGUACAUGAAAUUGAGAGUACAGGAUGCAGCAGUAUAGUGGAUCUUGUAGGAUUGACUUGUUCAGAACUGACACUUGAAGACCUUCAGAAUGUCAGGCAUCCAGAAGAUGUAGACAGAGUCAAACUGCGUGAUAAGACAGAUAUUCGAGUACUAAGACUUGUCUGGAAAAACGAAGGAGGUAAAUCUGUGCUGGACAGGCUAGUACCUCCUCGGACUCUUGAAAACUUUUGGCUGUGUGGGUACACGAGCAAAGAUUUCCCUAACUGGAUGUUUCACAUCUCGUCCUACCUCCCUUUUCUCAGCGAAGUGACUCUUGAUGAUUUGGAAGCAUGUGAUUGUCUUCCUCCAUUCGGGGCACUGCCAAAUUUAAUAAAGCUGUCUCUGAAAAACAUUCCCAACAUCAGGAAAAUCGGUAAGGAAUUCUAUGGAGAGGCCAGACCUUGCAUGAAACUACGAGUACUGCUAUUGAGGUUGAUGGAGAAUUUGGAGGAAUGGUGGACAACAGAGUCAAGUGAAGAAAACGAAGAGUUUCUAAUCCCUAAUUUGCAAUAUUUGGCGGUAGAAGACUGCCCAAAGUUGAAGUUCAUACCAUACCCCCCAAGAAGUACGGAUUGGGUUUUGAACAACAGCGACACAGUUUUGCCGGAGCGAGGAUUUGGAAAGCUCUCGUCUUCCAUUUGUCCUCUUGAUAUGCAGGUGAAGAGUUGUCAUUUCUCUCAAGACAAGUGGGACAGACUUCAACACUUUGCCACCAUUGAGAAAUUUCUUGUAAACUCCGUCAGUGGCUUGAGGACUUUGCCAGAGGUUAUCCGAUGCUUCACCUCUCUCACUAGACUAGAUUUGGUAUCAUUGAAGGACCUGGAAACACUUCCAGUAUGGUUGGGCCACCUCAGUUCUCUAGAACAACUUGUAAUCGACAAUUGCCCCAACCUGACUUAUUUGCCUGAAAGCAUGAAGAACCUCAGCACUCUUAGGAAGCUGAUAUUGGUAGAGUGCCAAGGCCUGGAGACAUUACCUGAGUGGUUGGGACAGUUGACCUCUCUAGAAGAAAUUAUUAUCAGGAUUUACCCCAACCUGACAUGUUUGUCUGAAAGCAUGAAGAACCUCACCGCUCUUAGAGAGCUGACAUUGGUAGAGUGCCAAGGCCUGGAGACAUUACCUGACUGGUUUGGACAGUUGACUUCUCUAGAAGAAAUUGUUAUUGUGGGUUCACCCAACUUGACAUGUUUGCCUGAAAGCAUGAAGAACCUCAUCUCUCUUAGAAAACUGACAUUAGUAGAUUGCCAAGGCCUGGAGACAUUACCUGAGUGGUGGGGACAGUUGACUUCUCUAGAAGAAAUUAUUUUCAAGGGUUACCCCAACCUGACAUGUUUGCCUGAAAGCAUGAAGAACCUCACCGCUCUUAGAGAGCUGACACUGGUAGAGUGCCAAGGCCUGGAGACACUACCUGAGUGGUUGGGACAGUUGAAUUCUCUAGAAGAGAUUUGUAUCUGGAAUUUUCCCAACCUGACAUGUUUGCCUGAAAGCAUGAAGAACCUCACCGCUCUUAGAAAACUGACACUGAAUGAGUUCCAAGGUCUGGAGACAUUACCUGAGUGGUGGGGACGGUUGACUUCUCUAGAAGAAAUUACGAUUGCCGAUUGCCCCAACCUGACAUCAUUGCCUGAAAGCAUACAGAGUCUCUCUGCUUUGAAGCUACUCAGAAUUGGUCUAUGUCCAAGUCUGACUGCAAGGUGCCAAAGGGAGGAUGCCCACAAGAUUUGUCACAUCCCCAAAGUCGUACUCUGCUGAGCUCUUGUACAAAAUUGUUGGUCUCUUAUGCAGAGCUGCUUCUCUGAGGCCAUCGUCGCCCAGCCACCUCUCUAUCUUUGCUCCCCGUGGCUACUUACAUGGACGUGGUGGCAUGGUGCUCUACUCGUUGGGUCCCAGCUGCUGCAGAGGAGGAGGCUUACAUCGCUGUUCCUGGCUUGUCUCGCAUGAGAUGAAUUUCACAAUUCGAAAAGAUGAGGCAGAGUUCAAGGAAACGGCCAAGUGCAAGGAGCAGUUUCUUGCAGACCAAGCUGUUGUUGUGAUUCUCAUGGAGCAUAUAUAUUUUGAUGGUGGAAGAGCACUAGAAGUCCUGACUGACCCAUAAGUUCCAGAGAGGAACGCACAUCUUCAGCCUGCCUGUGCUGUGCUGUGCUGCCUCGGCAUCACCGACCCUGGUGGGUUGCUGUGUAGUGGUUGCUUCAUGAUGCUUGAGGCUUACAUCGAGGCUGUUCUGGGCUUUCUGAAUCUCACACAAAACCAAUAUCACAAUGCGAAAAAAGGAGGCAGAGCUCCAAGGAAGAGACCAAUCUCGCUAGCUAGGAUUCGUUCUGUAGGAGCAUAUAUAUUUUGAUGGCACAAGAGCUCUCAAGUAGCUGACUGACUAAUGUCGUUGUACCAUGAAAGUACUUGUCAAAUAUUCUGAUCCAGAAAGGAGGUAAACGCCAUGGCUUUAUAUUCCCCGGCUGUCAGCUCUGACCCCAUAAAUAGGGCACAUCUUGGGCCUACCUGUGGAAAAUUCAUCUUGGUACCGUCCGGGUCUUGGCGGCAUCACCGAUCCUUCUGGUCAGUUGCUUCAUGAUGCUUGAGGUGACUCUCUGGACGGACAUGUUGAAUAAUUCCACACUGAGUUGGACAGCUCACUCCCCAAACCAGUGGCCAUCUAAUUUUGCCGUGCUGUAUUUCAUCUGGUUUAUUAGAGCAAAAUUGCCAGUCCCAGACUGAGUUUGGUGUUGUGAAGCUUUGCCAAGCAAAUCCAAAAGAGGAAAAACUGCAGAAAUGCAGCAACAUCUAUAUAUUGUCUUCCAGUUCUGUCAACAGCUCUGUCAUGAGAUGUUCGUUCAUGCCGCUGCUAUACGUACACGGAGUCAUUGUUGUUAUCGAUAUGCAAACUACUGUAGUAAGAUGAUGCAUGAUUUUAGAUCCUUGUUUUCUCGAGUACGUGCGUAUUUUCUUUGGAUGUUUUCCACCUCUCCUAAGCAG